UUCCCGACUCGCUCGCGUGUGUUUAUUUUUGUGAUGUGUUUAUUAUGAUUAACUAUUAACUAUUUUUUAUUUUUUGAAUCAUUUGAUUACAAUCUGAAUCCUCGAAUAAAAUAUUCUCAACUAUUCCACGCAAAAUUUUUCCGGGCCAUCACCAUAAUCAUUAAUAAUGGCGCAACCGGCUCGAACCCGUGAAGAAAUCGAACAACAAGUGGUGGAAAUUCAAACAAAAAAUGCAGCUUUAGCCGCAGCAAAUGGUGAAAAUGAAGAAGGUCGAAUAUCAUUGGCUAAGGCCAACAUGGAUACUGAUAUUUAUGGUGGAACGAAUCUAAGCAGUUAUCAUACAUCCAUACCGGCCAAUGAUGAUGCCGAAUAUGAUGAUGAAGAUACAGAAAAUGCCAACGGCUCGGCCGAUAAUGAGGAAUAUGAUGCAUAUAAGAAAGCGAUCAAUGCAUUUCAGGCGCCAAAAAAUUAUCUACAGGAUGUUGUCGAUGAUAAUCAUGAUCCAUUAGCCGAUAGACGUGUACCACGAGUUGCUGAUCGUGAAGAUGAAUAUAGACGUAGAUUCCGUAACCGUCAACUAUCACCCGAACGUAUCGACGUUUUCGCCGAAGGUGGUAAAACUCCUGAUCCUAAUGCUCGUACAUAUAAGAUGAUUAUCAAAGAAACGACGUUAAGCAAUGAAGAAGCUGAAUUAAAAAAGAAAUUAUUAGAAAAAGCUAAAGCUGGUGAAUUGAAACCUACGACCACAUCGUCCUCAUCUACAUCAUCAUUAUCUAGUGGUAACAAACGUAGACGAUGGGACCAACCAUCACUAGAUUCUGGUGUUGGUUCAGCAACAGAUAGUUGCAGUGAAUUCUCGGAACCAACAGCAAAAAAAUCAGCAUGGGAUUAUCAUGAAGCUGCUACACCAGCUAUACCUGGUCGUUGGGAUCAAACACCUGCACAUGGAAUGGAUGGUUCAAAAACACCAGCUCAGUGGGAACCUACGCCUGUUCAUAUCGGAAGCAGCAUUGGUGGUGCUCAGACGCCAAGCGUAGAUUCGAUAAACAAAUCAUCACGACGCAAUCGUUGGGAUGAAACACCCAAAACGGAACGUAUAGAAUCUGGAUAUUCGAGUUGGGCUGAAACUCCUAAAAUCGAUCGAAUUGAAACAGAUGAAGGAAUUGAAAGUGAAACUCCUGGAUCAUCAAAACGGCGAUCACGAUGGGAUGAAACACCUGCAUUGAUGACACCAUCAGGAACCACACCUAUCGGCACGAAAGCAAUGGCAAUGGCAACACCAACUCCUAGCCAUAUGGUAGCCAUGACACCGGAACAAAUGCAAGCAUUUCGUUGGGAACGUGAAAUUGAUGAACGAAAUCGAAUUUUAACCGAUGAAGAAUUGGAUGCUCUUCUCCCACCUGGUUAUAAAAUCUUACCACCACCUUCAGGUUAUCAACCGAUUCGUACACCGGCACGGAAAUUGAUGGCCACACCAACUCCAAUGGUUGGUGGAUUUUUUAUGCAAAAAGCCGAUGAAUUGGGAUCAGCAGCCGGCUCCAAAAUGAUGAUGGAUCUCGAACCGAAAGGACAGAAUCUACCAACGCUCAAGCCUGAUGAUUUGCAAUAUUUUGACAAACUUCUCACGGAAGUUGAUGAAGAAACAUUGAGUCCAGAUGAACAAAAAGAACGAAAAAUUAUGAAACUUUUGCUAAAGAUUAAGAAUGGAACACCACCGAUGCGAAAAUCUGCCCUACGACAAAUCACAGAUAAAGCUCGUGAAUUCGGUGCAGGUCCAUUGUUCAAUCAGAUUCUACCAUUAUUAAUGUCGCCUACGUUAGAAGAUCAGGAAAGGCAUUUAUUAGUCAAAGUUAUCGAUCGUAUCCUUUACAAACUUGAUGACCUUGUUCGUCCUUAUGUUCACAAAAUUCUUGUCGUUAUUGAACCAUUAUUAAUUGAUGAAGACUAUUAUGCCCGUGUUGAAGGUCGUGAAAUCAUAUCGAAUCUAGCAAAAGCUGCCGGUUUGGCCACAAUGAUAUCAACUAUGCGUCCUGAUAUUGAAAACGUAGAUGAAUACGUCCGUAACACUACGGCCCGAGCGUUUGCAGUAGUUGCAUCUGCAUUGGGCAUUCCAUCAUUGUUACCAUUCUUGAAAGCUGUUUGUAGAAGUAAAAAAUCCUGGCAAGCUCGUCACACUGGUAUUAAAAUUGUCCAACAAAUUGCCAUUCUUAUGGGAUGUGCUAUACUGCCACAUCUUCGUAAUUUGGUUGAAAUUAUUGAACAUGGAUUGGUUGAUGAACAGCAGAAAGUUCGUACGAUCACGGCAUUGGCAUUGGCCGCGUUGGCUGAAGCUGCAACACCAUAUGGUAUCGAAUCAUUCGAUUCAGUUCUUAAACCAUUAUGGAAAGGUAUCCGUACACAUCGUGGUAAAGGUUUGGCUGCCUUCUUAAAAGCUAUUGGCUAUCUAAUACCAUUGAUGGAUGCUGAAUAUGCUAAUGAUUAUACACGUGAAGUAAUGUUCAUAUUGAUUCGUGAAUUUCAAUCACCGGAUGAAGAGAUGAAAAAAAUUGUACUCAAAGUGGUUAAACAAUGUUGCGGAACCGAUGGUGUUGAACCGAAAUAUAUCAAAGAAGAGGUUUUGCCACAUUUCUUUCGACAUUUUUGGAAUCAUCGUAUGGCACUGGAUAAACGUAAUUAUCGACAAUUAGUAGACACAACCGUAGAGAUUGCUAACAAAGUUGAAGCGGCUGAAAUUAUCACUCGAAUUGUUGAUGACCUAAAGGAUGAGAAUGAAGCCUAUCGUAAAAUGGUUAUGGAAACUAUUGAAAAAAUUAUGUCUAAUCUUGGUGCAUCCCAGAUCGAUUCUCGUCUUGAAGAACAAUUGAUCGAUGGUAUUCUUUAUUCAUUCCAGGAACAGACCACUGAAGAUAUGGUCAUGUUAAAUGGUUUUGGUACUGUUGUGAAUACAUUAGGCAAACGUGUAAAGCCAUAUCUUCCACAGAUUUGUGGUACAAUUUUAUGGCGUUUGAAUAAUAAAUCUGCAAAAGUACGACAACAGGCAGCCGAUUUAAUAUCCAAAAUAGCUGUUGUUAUGAAAGUGUGUCAGGAGGAGAAACUAAUGAGCCAUAUGGGUGUUGUACUGUAUGAAUAUCUAGGUGAAGAAUAUCCCGAAGUAUUGGGCUCUAUUUUGGGUGCAUUAAAAGCCAUUGUAAAUGUUAUAGGAAUGGAAAAGAUGACACCACCGAUCAAAGAUCUAUUACCCAGAUUAACACCUAUUCUCAAAAAUCGUCAUGAAAAAGUACAGGAAAAUUGUAUCGAUCUUGUUGGUCGUAUCGCUGAUCGUGGAGCUGAAUAUGUAUCGGCUCGUGAAUGGAUGCGUAUCUGUUUCGAACUACUGGAAUUACUAAAAGCUCAUAAGAAAGCAAUCCGUCGAGCUGCGGUAAAUACAUUUGGCUACAUUGCUAAAGCUAUCGGUCCACAUGAUGUUCUUGCCACAUUGUUGAAUAAUUUACGGGUUCAAGAGCGACAAAAUCGUGUAUGUACAACUGUGGCCAUAGCCAUCGUAGCUGAAACAUGUUCUCCGUUCACUGUUCUUCCGGCUUUAAUGAAUGAAUAUCGUGUGCCAGAAUUAAACGUACAAAAUGGCGUACUAAAAUCAUUUUCGUUUCUGUUUGAAUAUAUUGGUGAAAUGGCCAAAGAUUAUAUCUAUGCUGUUACACCAUUGCUCGAAGAUGCUCUCAUGGAUCGUGAUUUGGUUCAUCGUCAAACGGCCUGUUCUGUCGUUCAGCAUAUGGCCCUAGGAGUAUAUGGAUUCGGUUGUGAAGAUGCGCUCACACACGUGCUGAAUUAUGUUUGGCCAAAUAUUUUUGAAACAUCACCACAUUUAGUUCAGGCAUUCAUGGGCUCAAUCGAAGGUCUUCGUGUUGCAAUUGGGCCUAAUAAAAUGUUACAAUAUACAUUACAAGGCCUAUUUCAUCCAGCCAGAAAAGUUCGUGAUGUUUAUUGGAAAGUAUACAAUACACUGUAUAUUGGUGCCCAGGAUUCACUUAUCGCUGGCUAUCCACGUAUACCGAAUGAUUCUACAAAUAAUUAUAUUCGCUAUGAACUUGAUUAUACUUUAUAAUCAUAUUAUUAUUAUUAUUAUUCAUAAAUUGGAUCUGAUCAUCACCUACAACCAUCAUCAUCAUAAGCACCAUCUUCGUUAUUUUUUCAUAUAUA